GUGAUGUUGAGCAUUCUUUCAUGUGUUUGUUGGCAGUCUGUGUAUCUUCUUUGGAGAAAUGUCUAUUUAGGUCUUCUGCCCAUUUUUGGAUUGGGUUGUUUGUUUUUUUGUUAUUGAGCUGCAUGAGUUGCUUGUAAAUUUUGGAGAUUAAUCUUUUGUCAGUUGCUUCAUUUGCAAAUAUUUUCUCCCAUUCUGAGGUUUGUCAUAUCAUCUUGUUUAUAUUUUCCUUUGCUGUGUAAAAGCUUUUAAGUUUCAUUAGGUCCCAUUUGUUUAUUUUUGGUUUUAUUUCAAUUUCUCUAGGAGGUGAGUCAAAAAGGAUCUUGCUGUGAUUUGUCAUAGAGUGUUCUGCCUAUAUUUUCCCCUAAGAGUUUUAUAGUGUCUGGCCUUACAUUUAGGUCUUUAAUCCAUUUUGAGUUUAUUUUUGUGUAUGGUGUUAGGGAGUGUUCUAAUUUCAUUCUUUUACAUGUAGCUGUCCAGUUUUCCCAGCACCACUUAUUGAAGAGGCUGUCUUUUCUCUAUUUUAUAUUCUUGCCUCCUUUGUGAAAGAUAAGGUGACCAUAUGUGCAUGGGUUUAUGUCUGGGCUUUCUAUACUGUUCCAUUUAUCCAUAUUUCUGUUUUUGUGCCAGUACCAUACAGUCUUGAUUACUGUAGAUUUGUAGUAUAGUCUGAAGUCAGUGAGCCUGAUUCCUCCAGCUCAGUUUUUUUCUUUCUCAAGAUUGCUUUGGCUAUUCAGGGUUUUGUGUUUCCUUACAGAGUGUAAAACUUUUUGUUCUAGUUCUGUGAAAAAUGCCAUUGGUAAUCUGAUAAGGAUUGCAUUAAAUCUGUAGAUUGCUUUGGGGAGUACAGUCAUAUUCACAAUGUUGAUUCUUCCAAUCCAAGAACAUGAUAUAUCUCUCCAUCUGUUUGUAUUGUCUUUGAUUUCUUUCAUCAGUGUCUUAUAGUUUUCUGCAUACAGGUCUUUUGUCUCCUUAGGUAGGUUUAUUCCUAGGUAUUUUAUUCAUUUUUUCCAAUGGUAAAUGGGAGUGUUUCCUUAAUUUCUCUUUCUGAUUUUUCAUUGUUAGUGUAUAGGAAUGAACUGUAUUGGGUUUUGAAGACUAAAUGAGGUAGUAACCUUCCUGACACAAAGCAGUUGAUUGUAAAUGGAUGAGCAGUAUUUGUAAUAUUUUUAUAUUCAUAGAGAUGUUUUAAAUGGACUAAUCCAUAGUUACACAAUGGUGUGAGUCAUUUUACGUCAGAUAGAUAAAACAGCACAAUUCUGAUGUAGUAAGAGAGAUAUAUGUUUUUCUAUACAAAUAAGAGAUGAAAGUUGACAAUUGUGGAACUGGUUAGCACCGUGAUGUGAUUUGAAAGAUACCUUAAGAUGUGUUUCCAAGUGGCCCAAAGUCUCCCAUUAGAGUUUCAUUCCCUGCUGGCUCUUGCAGAGGUGUGCCGCUCAUAUUAGUCUUUUGUGUUUAGUGUGAAUUGUUUUCUCAGAUCUUUUAUCUCAACGACAAUGGAGAGAAAACCCCUGAGGAAAAGGAAAUUGGCUGGACGUAAAGCAAAGGUAGAACCAUUUUGUGAUAAAGGGCAGCCACAGAAGAUGGAGCUGGCUAGAACCUCAGGCCAUAAUAGGAGGGACCUGCAAGACUCGGUCUGGUGAGAAAUGGGAGCCAGAACAGAGAAAACAGCGCACUGAGAGGAGGCCCUGACAAAAUGUCAAUUGUUUUACCUUUAGCCUUUGUCUGGCUUGAGUGCCACUGUUCCCUGCAUGCAUAGGCCUUCAUUUCCAUUAAAUAUCAUACAAAUACCUUUUCAUUUUUGGUAUCAUCUCACAGAGUAAGAUCUUCUAAGAUGAGAAAAUGAGGCUCAAAUGGUCUCACCAGGUGGCUGAAGGAAAUCUGAGAACAGACAUGGUUUCUUCAAAAAAUAUAUAUAAAAAUAGCAUGCAAUGAACUGUACUGAGUGUUAUAUAGAAAAAAAAGUAUCAAAACUGCUUUAACUCUCCUCCUUUAAUGUGUUUUUUAACGCUUUUAUUACUGCUCACUAUUUACUACUAUUAUUUAUAAUUACCCUCCUUUUUUUCACCUGAGAAAUUCAAGAUGUAAUGUGCCUUUCUGGUUUGGAGACUUUUUUUCUGCUUACUGAUUUUCCUGAAUCACUAUAUAUGAUAUAUCUUUAGAAAUUUAGACUUUUAGAGGCGAAAAAAUGUUUUCUCAUCCGCAUUAACAAUACAGUGAGGUGAGUGUUGGUGAAAGAAUUAUCUUUCUUGAAGGGAAAAGAAGGCAGAGUUAUAUUCAUGGGGCAUAGAAAUAAGGUCUAAAUGCUAACCACAGAUUAUUUAAAACUAAGGUUAUUUGUGGCAAGAGAAAUUGACUAUAGAUUAUAGAAGGAAAUGUGUUUUGUUUAUACCUAGAGCCAGGUGCAUAGUAGUUGUUUAGUUGAGGUUUGUUGUAUGAUUAAUUUAUGACACAAUGAGAAACUAACCAGUGAGUCCCUAGCCCUGAGGUGUUUCAAAACAGAUCCUCCAUGUCACUGUCAGAACAGUUCCCAUUUACACACACACACUCCUCUUGAAUGGCCAUAUCUCUGUACAAAUUAUCUCUGUACAAAUUCCCUGAUAAUUAUACAGUCAAUAUAGUCAGUAUCAGCACAAUAGUAUCAACUCAGUUCUGAAAAAGUCUUACAGGUGAGGGCUUAUGGAAGACUUUAUGGUAACUUUUGGUUUCCUAUCCAAAGAGGUCAUAGAGUCCAAGAAACACGGAACUUUGCUUUCGAACAGUGAAGAAAUUAUUGUGCAACUGAGUGUGGUACUGGGGAGAAAAAUACUAUUCACUCUCAGAAGCAGUGGUAUUUAUCUUUUGAAUGAGAACAGAGAAGUCCUAAAUGAGAGCGGUCAGGAGCUCUCCUCUGAGCCAAACUCCACAAAGGCAGUGCGUUCGGCUGCCUCAAUACCUUAUCUGAGAAGUCCCAGAAGAACCCAUCUGUAGCAAAAACUUGCCUUUUCACACUGGAAUUCCUACUACUGGGGUUGCUAUUUCGAUUCACAAACUGAAAAUGAGCUUCACUAGAAAGGGUACUGGAGGCACCCAGUAAAGACCUGCUCAAGGCACCACGCAAGUGUGGAGCCUCCAAUUCAGGGAACAUCAAAAGGUAAGGAGGGGCCUCAUCGUGGGCAGACUCAGCCAGCCUCAUGGUUUGCCUUCUCCUAGACUUGGCCAGUUCACAUUCCAGUUAAUGUGCACAGACUAAAUCAGGACAGUUUUGCCCUUCAAAAACAUAACAGAAAAUGGUCUUUGAGUUCUUGCAAACACUCUUGAGCUUAUCUCUCCAUGUGAAUUGUGACAGUAAAACAAUAAAAAUCGAGAUUUAAUUUUAACUCGUUGGUGAGUCUGGGGCAGUAAAUGAAGACGAUGGGCUAGAGAAAUAUUAAUCCAGGUUGGCUAUUUAACGUCUGCCUUUUUUUGGAGGAGAACACUAUUGAAGGCACCAGUUCGGGACAAUGAAAUUCUUCAGUUAUAUUUUAGUUUAUCGCCGGUUUCUCCUUGUACUUUUCACUCUGUUGAUUUUAUUGCCACUGCCACUCAUCCUCCGCAACAAGGAAGCAGAAUGUGCCUACAUCCUGUUUGUCGUUGCCACGUUUUGGCUGACAGAAGCUUUGCCUCUGUCGGUAACAGCUUUGCUGCCUGCCUUAAUGCUCCCUGUGUUUGGGAUCAUGCCUUCCAAGAAGGUGGCAUCUGCUUAUUUCAAAGAUUUUCACCUACUGCUAACUGGAGUCAUCUGUUUAGCAACAUCAAUAGAAAAAUGGAAUCUGCACAAAAGGAUUGCUCUGAGAAUGGUGAUGAUGGUGGGUGUGAACCCAGCAUGGCUGACCUUGGGGUUCAUGAGCAGUACCGCCUUCUUAUCUAUGUGGCUUAGCAACACCUCUACUACUGCCAUGGUGAUGCCCAUCAUGGAGGCUGUGGCCCAGCAGAUCAUCAGUGCUGAAGCAGAGGUUGAGGCUACUCAGAUGACUUAUAUCAGUGGAUCAACCAACUAUGGACUGGAAACAGAUGAAAAUGUUAAUGGGCAUGAAACAAGUGAGAGAAAAGAGAAAACAAAACCAGUUCCAGGAUAUAGUAAUGAUGCAGGGAAAAUUUCAAGCAAGAUGGAGCUGGAAAAGAAUUCAGGCACAGGAAACAAAUAUCGAACAAAGAAGGACCACAUGAUGUGUAAACUUAUGUGCCUGUGCGUUGCUUACUCUUCUACCAUUGGUGGAUUGACAACGAUCACUGGUACCUCCACCAACUUGAUCUUCGCUGAGCAUUUCAGUAUGCGCUACCCUGAUUGUCAUUGCAUCAACUUUGGAUCAUGGUUUCUGAUGUCCUUCCCGGCUGCUAUUAUUAUUCUCCUCUUGUCAUGGAUUUGGCUUCAGUGGCUUUUCUUAGGAUUCAACUUUAAGGAGAUGGCACAGUGUGGCAAAACCGCAACAGCCAAACAAAAAGCUUGUGCUGAGGUUAUUAAACAAGAAUACCAAAAACUUGGACCAAUAAAGUAUCAAGAAAUUGUGACCUUAGUCCUCUUCAUUGUAAUGGCCCUGCUAUGGUUCACCCGAGAUCCUGGGUUUGUGUCUGGUUGGUCCGUGCUUUUUUCAGAGUACCCUGGUUUUGCUACAGAUUCAACUGUUGCCUUACUUGUAGGACUCCUGUUCUUUCUUAUCCCAGCUAAGAGAUUGACCAAAACUAUACCUACAGGAGAAACUGUUGCUUUUGAUUACUCUCCACUGAUUACUUGGAAAGAAUUCCAGUCAUUCAUGCCCUGGGAUAUAGCCAUUCUUGUUGGUGGAGGGUUUGCCUUGGCAGAUGGCUGUGAGGAGUCAGGACUAUCUAAAUGGAUAGGAAAUAAAUUAUCUCCUCUAGGUUCAUUACCAGUCUGGCUAAUAAUUCUGAUAUCUUCUUUGCUCGUCACAUCUUUAACAGAGGUAGCCAGCAAUCCAGCUACCAUUACCCUCCUUCUUCCAAUACUGUCUCCAUUGGCAGAAGCCAUUCAAGUCAACCCUCUUUAUAUUUUGUUACCUUCUACUCUGUGUAAUUCAUUUGCAUUCCUCCUACCAGUAGCAAAUCCACCCAAUGCUAUUGUUUUUUCGUAUGGCCAUCUAAAAGUUACUGACAUGGUUAAAGCUGGACUUGGCGUUAAUAUUGUGGGUGUUGCUGUCGUGAUGCUUGGCAUGUUUACCUGGAUUGUACCCAUGUUUGACCUCCACACUUACCCUUCCUGGGCUCCUGCAGUUAGUAAUGAGACCAUGCCAUGACAAGCAUGAAUGCUCUGACUAUCCUGUGGUGGGUUUUGGGAACCACUAAGAAUUCACUACAAAAUUUGGCUCUAGAAAACUGAUGACACUUAAAUUAGUCCUGGUGUAGCUGCUGUAAAACACCCCAAACCUGCUUUGAGAUGCAACCAAGACCAUCUAUGUGCCUUCAUGAAGAAGCCCUCAGUUGAGAUUUUGCUCAUGGACCAUAUGCAUCCUGCUUCAUCAUAAGAAUAAUUUAUAACUUGACCUUCAAGAGAUUAGGUCAUUUGCUUCAUCUUACACUUUGGGUUCAGUGUAACAUUUCAAAUGUCAAUUUGUUAUUUCAGAAACUUUCCAUGAAGGUAGAAAUAGAAAAUAAAAUAUACAAGUUUAUUAGCUACUUGUAUAAAUCAUUUCUGUAGUGUCCAAGGGAAUUUUCUGAAAAAUCAAAGCUGUGGUCAUCUGGUAGUGCAAAAGAAAAGUUUAAUCUAAGUAAAAUAUUACAUUCCCUCAUUUAAAAAAUAUUCCAAUCAGAUUACUCUUGAAAUAUCCACAUAGUAUAAAAAUUGAAAGUUAAGGGCUUCCCUGGUGGCGCAGUGGUUGAGAGUCCGCCUGCCGAUGCAGGGGACACGAGUUCAUGCCCCGGUCCGGGAAGAUCCCACAUGCCGCAGAGUGACUGGGCCCGUGAGCCAUGGCCGCUGAGCCUGCGCGUCCGGAGCCUGUGCUCCACAACAGGAGAGGCCACAACAGUGAGAGGCCCGCGGACCGCAAAAAAAAAAAAAAAAAAAAAAAAAUGAAAGUAGUAGUUGCAAAAUUAUAGCUGAAUCCACUAAACAACAGAAAAUAGAUAAGGAUUAAUUUCUAUUUGACCCUAUGGUUAAAGUAUUGAUAAUAUAAUUCAUACUUUUAUGAUCUCGGUGCACUGAGAAAUGUACUUUGUAGAGCUAUGGAUAAGGCUUGCUAUGACUUGCACUAUUAGCACGGUAUAGUUAGGAAAGAAAGCUAAACAGUAUAAAAUUAUUAACACAUUUGUGGAUUUUUAUAACGGUUUUGCUUAAAUGUUUAUUUUAUUUCAGAACUACAUAAUGUCAUAUAUAAAAACAAGAAAUUCCGAAAUUUAAAUGAAUUAUCACUGUGUAUGCAGAUACAGAAAAAAGUCAUGUAACUCCAUUGCAUCAACAUUGAAAUGGAAUACCAGAGGGAAAAUAAAGAAUAAAAAAUUGAAACUGUUGA